GAGUGGAGAGUCGACCGUGAUGCAUAACCCAUGAGACUGUCCGUGUGCGCGGGUCCGUGUGCGUGUGUAGUCGUGGCCGGCAGAAGAGGUUAGCAAUUCAGAUUGAGCGCUUGAGCGGCGCGCGUCCAGCAGCAUCACGUCGACGUGCUCCAGUCCAUGGCUGCCACCUCCUACAUGCCGGUAGGGGCGAGCACGGGCUCGUCCGACCUGGACGGGAGCGGCAGCGUGCUGUCCGGCAUGAACCUGGUGAACGCCUCGCUCGGGGGCGGCUACCACACGUCGCCCAGCCCGAGGUCCGCGGCGGACGCGGGCCACCAUGGCGUCGAGAUGAAGUACAUGCCGACGGCGCAGCACCAUCACCACCACCAUCACCAUCAAGUGCCCGCGUCGCCGUCACCCAACGGUCACCCCGUGUCGUUGUCCGCGUCGCAUAACCCAUGGGUGAGCCUCAACCCGGGCUCGGGGCCGGACCCCUGGGCGGCGAGCAUGGCCUCCAUGCACAGCCACCACAGUCACCAUCAUCACCACCCCCACCAGGCCGCCACCAUGGCCGACAUCAAGCCGUCGCCUCACCACGGGAUGCACGACCAGCACCGGGUGCCGCCGCAGCACCAACAGGGGCUGGCCAGCCCCCACACGUGGCACGCCCCCGUGGUGUCGUCGGCGCACUACUCGUCGGCGGGGUCGCCCCUCAACCACCAAGUGUACCAUGCGGCGCACGCCGCCAUGAACGGCAUGCUCCCGCACCACCAGACGUCGCCGCAGCUGCACCCCUCGCUGCGGGACCUGCAGAGCCACUCGCCCAGCCCGCUGCACCUGCACCAUCAGCAGCUGGACGGCCGUGGCGACCCGGAGGGCAACGAGGAGGAGUCACCCACCUCGGACGACCUGGAGGCGUUCGCCAAGCAGUUCAAACAGCGAAGGAUAAAGUUGGGGUUCACGCAAGCGGAUGUGGGGUUAGCGCUCGGGACGCUCUAUGGCAAUGUGUUUUCGCAGACGACCAUCUGCAGGUUCGAAGCGCUGCAGCUUAGCUUCAAAAACAUGUGCAAACUCAAACCCCUGCUUCAAAAGUGGCUCGAGGAGGCGGACAGUACGACGGGUUCGCCCACGAGCAUAGACAAGAUCGCGGCGCAGGGCCGCAAGCGGAAGAAGAGGACGAGCAUCGAGGUGUCGGUGAAGGGCGCGCUGGAGCAGCACUUCCACAAGCAGCCCAAGCCGUCGGCGCAGGAGAUCACGGCGCUGGCGGACUCGCUGCAGCUCGAGAAGGAGGUGGUGCGGGUGUGGUUCUGCAACAGGCGGCAGAAGGAGAAGAGGAUGACGCCGCCCAACACGCUCGGCGACCCCGGCAUGAUGGACGGCGGCAUGCAGCCCCCGCACGGCAUGCACCCGGGCUACCACCACCAGGACCAGAUGCACGGCUCACCAAUGGGGCCGCACUCGCAUAGUCCGCCCAUGCUCAGCCCGCAGGGCAUGUCCCACCAGUCGCUGACGGCGCACUAACAUGCGGCCCCACCGCGUUCACCCACCGCCUCGACCACAGGCCGGCCCUAUUGGGACUUCCUGUGAAGCAGGAGCCCGCCGUCGGGGCCUCCGAGGCCGCGGAUGACGUCCAGGACUACUGGUACUCCUGGGACUUCAGCAGCGGCGCCGGGAGCGUAGACGGCGGCCGGACCGGCCUGGCCGCAUCAUCGACGGGGACAUCGUACGACGCGCAGCGGGACAACUUAGUCAAAGUGGAAACCAAAUACGACAACUGAGGAGGCCAGAAGCCAGGAGUGACUGAUUGUGUGAGUGCAGUGUGUGUGUGUGCGUGUGUGACUGUGUGUGUGCAAGUGGGGCCUCAUGUGAUAGAGUCGUGAAGUGUUGCGGGGGCGCGGUGUUCCUAGGGGCGCCUCACGGCCCCGGAGGGAGGCCGGUGAGCCCCCCGCCGCUCAUGGCGCCCGUCGCGCUGGCGUGUCGUGCAGACCCGUGUGCGGUCCACCCGCCCCGUCCCGCCCGCCUGCGGGGGUGCCCGACUGGCAUCCGCACCCUUGCUAGCGGACCGCGGGGGCGGGGGUCGUGGCGUGAGAGCCAUAUUUAUUUUGGACUAAUUGGACAAUGAUACCAAAAGACUGUGUGGUGGUGUUCGUCGGUGGCAAGAGUACCUUCCCUUUUUGUUUGUUUGUUUGUUCGUUCAUUUGUUUGUUUGUUUGUUUUAGUCCAAGACUCGUAUAAAUUUGCAAAUAGAUCUGUUUUAUAUGAUUCAAGUUUGGUUAUGUAAAUAUAGAGAUAAGAG